CAGUCGGCGCCGAGGAACGCAGCGCCUGAGUGUCCUCUGCCGAGGAUCACGCUGCUAGGAAUCAUCCUCGAGCACCAGGAACGAAAGGACAACACCUGUCGAGGUUACGAUAACCUUCGUGAGAUCGACAUAGUCGCGUGAAAGAAGGAGUCGCGAGAGUGGAAAGGAUCAGCAAUAUGUCGGGGAGCAAGGAUGUCAGCCAACAGACUGACGCUCGCAGAAUCGACAUCGAGAAACCUUACUGGGAUCAGAGCACAUACCGUGGAAGGGCGUUGCACUUUCUCACCGUCACUAACCCUUUGAAUCUGUUCGUCACUAGCGAACAGCUUGAACAUGCUCAUGACAUCGUCUCCAAAUACAGGAAAGGAGACAGUUUGCAAAAACUGGGUAUCACGGAAGAGGAACUGUGGAAAUGUAAAUACUUGUACGACAGUGCGUAUCAUCCUGAUACGGGCGAGAGAAUGCUGUUGAUCGGACGUAUGAGCGCCCAGGUUCCAAUGAACAUGAUGAUAACCGGCUGUAUGUUAACGUUUUACAAAACAACGGCACACGUGGUAACCUGGCAAUGGAUUAAUCAAUCGUUCAAUGCCAUCGUUAAUUACACGAAUCGUAGCGGAUCGAGCCCGGUACCGAUGAACACGAUCCUCCAGAGUUACGUGAUGGCGACCGGAGGAGCUGUGGCAACAGCCCUUAGCUUGAACCGGCUUUUCCGAAACGCGCCACCCUUGAUGGGUCGUUUGGUACCGUUCGCGGCUGUUGCAGCUGCCAAUUGCGUUAACAUUCCUUUCAUGAGGAUAUCCGAGCUCCAAAACGGUAUAGAACUGCAGACAGAGGAUGGCAGAAGGGUUGGCACCAGCAAAAAGGCUGCUAAGAAAGCCAUCAUCGCUGUGACAUUAUCUCGUAUCCUCAUGUCUUCUCCAAGCAUGCUAUUGUCGCCAGUUAUAGUGAACUUCAUGGAUCGACGACAAAUGCUACGCAACGCAAAAUGGGCAGUCACGCCCAUACAAGUCUUGAUUUGCGGUGUUUGUUUAACAUUCGCGACUCCUCUCUGCUGUGCUCUGUUCCAUCAAAGAGUACCUAUCUCGGUAGACGAAUUGGAGCCAGAAGUACAAAAGGAAGUACUUUCGCGCGACAAUAGUCUACGAACAGUAUACUAUAACAAAGGUCUAUGAACAAUUAUUAAGACUAUAUAAGAAAAAUGAAAAUGUAUCGUAAGUUUGAGACGCGAUACAACAGUUCCAUGUCAAUGUAAUUUUUUCACACAAAAAAUAUAGAGUGUUCGGUUAGGAGUGAGCAUUCUUUGAGAGGGUGGUAGCUGGGGUGAUUUUUAACAACUUUUUCCUUUACCAAAAUGCUCGAUAAAGCUUAGUUUUCGAAUUAUUAUUUGAAAACACCGCGUAAUCAGAGCGCGCGAGGUGCGCAUGCGCGGCUGUUGGAGCGCUGGCUACGAACCGACGCGACGUGCUGAGUAGUUUGUUCCCGACCACAACCGAGCGCGUUUCACGUGGUCCACACUCCUGCAGUUUUUCAUUAAUAAAUUAAAAAUUAUGCCUGAACGAGCAUUGUGUUAGAGGAAAAAGUUGUUUACAAUCAUCCCAGCUACCAUCUCCUCAAAGGAUACCAACCCGGUAGCUGAACGCCCUCUACAGGAUGUACAUUCCGGUGCAUUGUAGGCUUCUCUUUGUUAAAGGUAAGUGUAUUUGCCUAGUAAAAACUUAAGGAGAGUUUAGUUUACGUUGCACAUGACCGUACAAACACAUCCUAUGUGUGAAUGUUACAAUCGUUUGCAAAAGCAGCCGAGAAUCAACAACAGAGACAAUAAAAAAUAGUACAAUACGUAA